AUGGCUCCUAUCGUUUUGUUUGUUACUCUUCUCCUUUGCCUACAAGCCAACGGCAUGGAAACGCAAGAAAAUAAUUUACAACAAGGUGUGACCGCCGAACGUCACGGUCUCUUAUCUCCCUGGCAAGGGCUCAAUGGGGUUCUACCAGUUAACCGAUUACCAUUUGGUUAUGUAAGUCCAUUGAUCCCUGGAUACGGAACACACACAAAUUUUGGUAGGGGUGUACCGCAGCUUCUUCAUCUUGGA